AUUAAACUAGUCAAAAAGGGAGCACCCUUUUCGUUGUGAAUCACAAACAGUACACAAAGUCUACAUUUAAUUUUUAGUUGUCACUUUUGUUUGGUUGCAAGGCAACGCACAUUUUAAAUUUUUUAGAAAUUCUUUCGACUGUAGCUUUUUGUUUUAGUUUCGGCGCCAAAACUAUAUAAUUGAAGAACGGACCAUGUCGUCUCAGUUUAGAGAGAAAUGUGGUGUUUCGAGCAAAGAUGAACUGGCCAACAUGGAUCCGACUGAAAGCGACUUUGCCCUGGAACUCAAGCCAGCUCCCAAGCAGAUCUGCAUUCCGGAGCACCAGCGCCAGCGAGUCUCCUGUUCGCAGACCAGCGUUUACCAGCGAAACACCGCGUUCGAGUUGCCGGACAAGUCCUGGUCGGUCCUUUACUUCGGUGCCGGCAAGGACAGGACCUUAAAGUAGUGGCAGUGGAGCCACAGAAUGUGAGAUGACCCCAGUGCUUUCCGGAUCAAAAGCAAUUUAAAUCGAAUGUCUGCAACUGCCUGGCCCGGCCCACUGAUUGACUCCUUCGCCACCGUUGCCAUCCAGCAGUCAUCCAUCAGAUGUCGCGAAAUGUUAUAUAAAAUUUAAAUUCACCCUCGUGCCAGUGCA